CCUACCGUAUCGCUCAUGGGAGGAGGGUUGCGUGCAGAGACGCUCUCGCUUUCUUGCAAAGGUGGAAGCAUCAGCAGGAAGAUAAAGAGGAUGCCAAUAAGAGCACUCCAGACAACUGAGAAUAACAAGCAACACUGAAAAGGAAAGGAAAUCAAAGCAGAAUGCAAAAUAUUUUCCAUUUCCUUCACAAAACCGCACAAUUCUCCUUCCCCACCAGGUGAUAGACAAAAGAGAGAAAAUCAAGAAGACAUUUCAAACUGGAAAAAGUAGAGUAUGCGGAAUUCGAGGAUACAAACAUGAAAAAGUCAACGGAAAUUAUUUUUCCCUUCAGAAAAAUAGGGAAAUAUCUAGAAGUCAAUGGAGAGAAAAAGAUCAUUUGGGAAGCCACGGCAGGCAGACAGUAAUGCUGCCCUUGCUCUGGGAGCCAGACAAGAGUAGCUUCAAGCAAAGAGAUCACACAUCAUUUUGACGUCCUCAAGAAUAUCAGUGGUGGAAAAGCCCCACCAAUGAGCAUAUUAUGGAAAGGUGCAGAUUUCAAAUCACAGAUAAUUAUGAACAAAAUGAUCCAUAUUGGAGAAAAGCCAUACAAAUACUCUGAAUGUAUCAAAAGCCCUUCUCCAAAAAGCUCUCUGGUGGUUCAUGAAAGGACCCACGAAGGAGAGGAGCCCCACAGGUGCUCCCAAUGCAGUAAAUGAUUUGUGAGCAUGGGCACUUGGUGAUACAUUAGAAGUUUCACACCAGGGAGAAACCCUUUCAAUGUUCUGAUUGUGUGAAACGUUUCAGCCAGAACUCCAGCCUGGUGAUACACCAGAGGAUGCAAACAGAAAAGAAAUCAUAUGACUGUCUUGAUUGUGGGAAAAGUUUCAUUGCAAAUUCUCACCUUGUGAGACACCAGAGGAUACACACAGGAGAGAAACCCUUUGAAUGUCCUGACUGUGGGAAAAGUUUCAGUCAGAAAUCUGGCCUGGUGAUACACCAGAGGACUCACACAGGAGAGAAACCGUUUGAAUGUCCUGGUUGUGGGAAAAGGUUCAGUCACAGUUCCAGUCUGGUAGCACACCAGAGGAUUCACACAGGAGAAAAACCAUUUGAAUGUCCUGACUGUGGGAAAACGUUCAGUCAUAACUAUGAACAGGUGAUACACCACAGAAAUCACACAGGAGAGAAACCAUAUGAGUGUCCGGUUUGUGGGAAAAGUUUCAGUCAGAAUUCUAACCUGGUGCAACACCAGAGGACGCACACAGGAGAGAAACCAUAUGAGUGUUCAGAUUGUGAGAAAAGGUUCAGUCACAGAUCCAAUCUGGUGACACACCAGAGGAUUCAUAUAGGAGCGAAAUCUUUUGAAUGCCCUGACUGUGGGAAAAGUUUCGUUCAAAAUGCUUACCUUGUAAAACACCAGAGGACUCACAGAGGACAGAAAUCAUAUGAGUGUCCAGAGUGUGGGAGAAGUUUCAUUAGAAAAUUCCAGCUCACAAGUCACCAGAGAAUACAUACAGGAGAGAAACCUUUUGAAUGUCCAGAUUGUGGGAAAAGUUUCAGUCACAAUUCCAGCCUGGUGAAACACCAACGGAUUCACACAGGAGAGAAACGCUUUGAAUGUGCUCUUUGUGGGAAAAACUUCAGUCAGAAUUCCAGCCUGGUGAUACACCAGAGGAGUCACACGGGAGAGAAACCAUAUGAGUGUCCAGUUUGCGGUAAACGUUUCAGUCACAAUUCCAACCUAGUGAAACAUCAGAAGACUCACACAGGAGAAAAACCCUUUAAAUGUCUUGAUUGUGGGAAAAGUUUCAGUCAGAAUUAUGAACUGGUGAUACACCAGAGAAAUCACACAGGAGAGAAACCAUAUGAGUGUCCAGUUUGUGGGAAAAGUUUCAGUUACAAUUCCAGUCUAGUGAAUCAUCAGAGGAUUCAUACAGGAGAGAAACCAUAUAAGUGUCCAGAGUGUGGGAAAAGUUUCAAUCAGAAUUCCAAUCUGGUGAAACACCAAAACACACAUACAGGAGAUAAACCUUUUGAAUGUCCUAUUUGUGGGAAAAGUUUUAGUCGGUACUGCAAUCUGAUGAACCACCAGAGGACUCACACAGGAGAGAAACCAUAUGAGUGUCCAGUUUGUGGGAAAACUUUCAGUCACAAUUCCUACCUGGUGAACCACCAGAGGACUCACACAGGAGAGAAAUUAUAUGAGUGUCCAGAUUGUGGGAAAGGUUUUAUUAGAAAAUUUCAGCUCACCAGUCACCAGAGAACUCACACAGGAGAGAAACCGUAUGAGUGUCCGGUUUGUGGGAAAAGUUUCAGUCACAAUUCCAGCCUGAUGAAGCACCAGAAAAAUCACACAGAUGAGAAACCAUAUAAGUGUCCAGAUUGUGACAAAAGUUUCAUUAUAAAAUUGCAGCUCAGGAGUCACCAGAGGACACACACAGGAGAGAAAGCCUUUGAAUGUCCUGAUUGUGGGAAAAGUUUCAGUCAGAAUUCACACUUGGUGAUACACCAGAGGACUCACACAGGAGAGAAACCGUAUGAGUGUCUUAUUUGUGGCAAAUUUUUCAUUAGAAAUUCCCACCUCUUGAGACACCAGAGGACUCACACAGGAAAAAAAGCCUUUGAAUGUCCUGUUUGUGGGAAAUGUUUCAGUCAGAAUUCAAACCUGGUGAAACACCAGAGGACUCACAUGGGGGAGAGCUUUCAAAUGUCCAAUCUAUGGGUGGUACUUCAGGUGUAAAUCUCCCCUUAUUGAACGCAAGAAAAUAGACACAAGGCAAAAUUUGACAAAUUUAGAACACUUGAAUUUCAUUUCUCAUCUCUAAUUGAGUGUGUAGGUGAGAAAUUGACUAUUUGAAUUCUGGCCUGAUGCUUUUAAGUUAACACAUCUCAGGUUUAGACCAGUAGGUGGAGAGAAAAACGUGGAAAUUGUUAGUUUGAUAAAGGCUAUCCAUUUCUUCUUAUAGGCAGAAGUUUCUGGAUAUUUCCUUUUGCAGAAGUUGUGGAAUUCCUCAAAAAGGCUUUUGGGUGGUGUUUUUUUUAUAUUGAUCAUGGAAUUCCAACAUAUGGACUUUCAGGCUUCUAUCUUGGUGUCCUCCAGAUUUUGAGGGCCAUAAUUCCCCAGCCACCAUACAAAUAGUUUUUGAGAUACAACUGUAAUGGGGCCUGCCAAUUUGGUUGCAUGUUGCAAUGAUGGCUAAGCGAGAUUUCCUUGCUGAACUACCCCUGCCUGUUUCUCUCCCUGAUGAAGCUGUUAAACAAAUGUGUAAGUCCUCCAUACCUUUCGAACCUCAGGUUGGUGAAGAAGAGCAGGACAUGUGUAAUUAGGCUGCGUGACUACGUCGUGAAAGCAGCUGUUAUUUUCACUGUGCCUGGGCCAUGUGGUGGACUUGUGGAAGCAGCUGCCAUUUUGCAAUGACUGCCUCUGGGUCAAAAUGGUGGCUGCCUCUUGGUCACUGUUGCCUAGGAGUCGAGUCAGACUGUUCUGUUUUGCUACCUUAACAUUUUGUACACUGUGUUAAGGGAUUGUGAGUGCCUUAAAAAUGGUGGCUGCCUCUGGGAGAUCUCCAGAAGAGCAGGCCAUGUAUCCCUGGGGCACACGAUAAGUGGACAAGUACCAUUUGCACCGUUAUUGUGCUGCAGCUACCAAAAAAAGCCAAUGCAGUCCUAGGUUGCAUCAACAGAGGAAUAGUGUCAAGACAAGAAGAAAUACAAUUGGUUUAUACAGUGCUGGUAACAUCACACUUAGAAUACUGUGUCCAGUUCUGAUCAUCACAAUACGAAAUAGUUGUUGAGACCCUGGAAAGUAUGCAGAGAAGAGCAGUAAAGAUGAUAAAGGUCUGGACGCUAUAUCAUAUGAUCAGUUGUGGGAGCUAGGUAUAUCUAGGCUAUCAAAGGGAAUCAUUAGGAGGGACAUGAUAGCUGUCUUCCAGUACUUGAGGCGCUGUCACCAAGAAGAGGUGAUUGACUUACUCUCUAGGUCACCUAAGGGCAGGAUAAGUAGUAAUGAAUUGAACUUUAGGACAAGUAAUGGAUGGAGGUUUAUUAAAAUGAGAUACAGAAUACCGUGUUUUCCCCAGAAUAAGACCGGGGGGUUUUUUGUCUCCAAAAGAGGCACCAGGUCUUAUUUUCGGAGGAUGUCUUUUAUACAAGCCCGCCAGCCGGUCCACUUUUUCUACAUUCCAGCCUAUAUUUCGCAGUCAGGCCUUUCCGGAAGGCCACUGCAGCUUAGAAUUGAGCUAUGGAUUCAAUCCAUAACUGAGUUCUAGGCUGCAAAUGCCUUGCAGAACUAAGCUAUGGAUUGACUGAAUAGCUGGAUUCUCAGCUACAAAGGCCUUCCAGAAAGGCCUCUGACUGCAAAAUGCAGGCCUGGGAAUGCCACAAAAAUGGGCUAGUGAGGCCUGGCUGCAAGUGGGUGCAGGGUGCGUGGGGCAGCUCUAUACCUCCACCCCUGAUUUUCAGCUAUGUGCCUUGCCCUAAAGCUAGGGCUUAUUUUCAGGGUAGGUCUUACUUUCGGGGAAACACGGUAGAAGUAAGGAGAAAUUUUCUGUCAGUGAGGGGCAAUUAAUAGAAUAGCUUGCCUCCAGGGAUUGUGGCUGCUCCAUUACUGGCGAUUUUCAAGAACAAGCUGGACAAACAGUAUAAGGUUCCUGCCUUGAGCAGCGGGUUAGACUAGAAGACCUCCAGGGUUCCUUCCAAGCCUAUAAUGCUAUUUUUCCAUGGAUUUAGAGAUAGUUUAGAAAACAGGUACAGAGCAGCCCAAUGAACUUGCUCCUCAUAAGUUUUUUUAAACUAUUUUAUUCAGAAAAUUAAUAUAAAGUAUAAAAUCCUCCCCAAAAGGAAAUUUUUAAAAAACAAAACAAAGACAGACAAAAUAUUUUAAAAGAAUGAAAAAAUGUUCAUUAAAAAAGACAAAAAUAGAUUUACAUAUAUUAUCCCCCCCCAUUUGAGCAUUCAUAAAUAUAUUGUCGCAAUAUUAGUUGCCUCCCCUUGCGAAGCAGGCCCCAAAUUUACAAAGUUCUACCUCUAUUUACAACCAAUCUGACCUUCCUCUCUCUACUAUAUAGAGAGGCAAAGUAGUCAACGGGUGAACCAGCAAUUAAAACAUCAACGCAUUUAGUUAACAAUCUGUACUGCAUUUAACUUGUAUAAAGUCUAAAGUCUAGAACGGCUUCUUAUUUACCCCGAGUCACCCGAAUCAUUGUCUCUGAUCUGUCUAGGAUGAAAUAUCUUUGUUUGAUUGCUAUUAAUAAAACUUUUUCAUAAGAUUUUGA